AUGGCGGGAAGCGCCGACCCGCCAACGGACGUCUCACUCGAUGGCACGUCCUUGGCGUCGGACGCCAGUCAGUGGAAGCUGGUGGCGCCGGGAGUGUGGGAUAUGACCCAGAGCCUCGACUGGUCUUCCGCUGCUCUAGGGAGCGACUUGACGGGCGUUGGGGCCAAGGCAGCGCACGCGGGAGUGAACGGCGACUCGCUGGUGGCGUCGGGAUCGCUGGCUACGACUGGUGCUGUUGAUACUGCCCGCGCCGUGCUGCCAUCCAUGGCACGCGGCCGAUUCCAAGCCAUGUUCUCUGGCGCCGUGGCGGGGGGAGCCAAAAUCCGCAUCGCCACGAGCACUUGA